CCUUCCCAUAGCUGCUGCUAACCGGGUAGCUGGGGUAAAAACACGGGGGCAGGAGAUGGCAGGUGUGCACCCUCAGGACGACCUGCUGAAAAUGACUCACAGGGAGAACUGGAAGGUGCAGCAUGAGCGUCUGCAUGUGAAGCACCGCGGGCACGAGGCCAUGCACGCUGAGAUGGUCCUCAUCCUCAUAGCCACGCUGGUGGUGGCUCAGAUAGUUCUGGUCCAGUGGAAACAGAGGCACCACCGGUCCUAUAAUCUGGUGACUCUGGUCCAGAUGUGGGUGGUCCCCCUUUACUUCACCAUCAAACUGUACUGGUGGAGGUUUCUGUCCAUGUGGGGGAUGUUCUCCGUCAUCACCAGCUACGUCAUCUUCAGAGCAACUCGCAAGCCGCUGUCCUGCAGGACGCCGAGGAUGGUGUACAAGUGGUUCCUGUUGAUCUACAAGCUGAGCUAUGCGGUGGGUGUUCUGGGCUACCUGGCCAUCAUGUUCACCAUGUUCGGCUUCAACGUUUUCUUCAGGAUCAAGGCUGAGGACUCAAUGGACGUUGGUGUCAUCAUGCUGUUUUACGGACUUUACUACGGUGUGAUGGGCAGAGACUUUGCUGAAAUCUGCUCGGACUACAUGGCUUCUACAAUCGGGUACUACAACAAGGGGGGAAUGCCCAGCCGGAGUCUGACCAACGACAUCUGUGCGGUCUGCGGUCAGAGGAUCCUGGUGGACGUGGAGGAUGAAGGAUUUAUAGAAGACACCUACGAGCUCUCCUGUGGACACCUAUUCCAUGAGUUCUGCAUCCGCGGCUGGUGCAUUGUGGGUAAGAAGCAGACGUGUCCGUACUGCAACGAGAAGGUCGACAUGAAGAGGAUGAUGAACAAUCCCUGGGAGAAGACACAUGUCCUGUAUGGACAGCUGCUUGACUGGCUCAGAUACCUGGUUGCCUGGCAACCCAUCAUCAUCGGUAUUGUCCAUGGGAUUAAUUUCUCCCUCGGCCUUGAAUAGAGACCUGAGGAACUCCACUGUAAGUACUGUACGGACCCGGACUCGUUUAAAGCGCAAUAAACCUUUUGUGACGAAACGUGAAGCUCGGUCGGCGCUGCAAGGAACUGAUUCAGGCUGCUUUUGAAGUCUUCGUUUCUUCGGUACGUGUUCUUCGACUGGACGCUUGCACGGUUUCCUGCAGACGGAUCCCAGGUUGUCUGGACCUCUGUUUGCAGGGGACACUGUGAUCCCAAAAACUGCUGCCAACUUGAACAUAAAUGUUUGAGCACAGUAUUUCAUUUCAGAAAGUUUUGACAUUAGAAAGAUAUGUGAAGAUCGAAACUUUCUGUCGGUUCAAACGUUGCUGUCUUGUUUGCAUGUUGUUUUUUAUUGUGAGAAAUCAUUGCUUUACUUUGUACUGUAUCACACAAAAACGCCUUUUUUAAACAGUUUUAUAGUUUAUUUGCACACUCCUCGCUGCUGCUGGCUCCGUUAACACCACUAACAAAUGUUUCUGUUCAAACUAGUUUUAAAGAAGAAUUGAUCUGCAUUUAGAGGACUGCAGCUCUUUGCACAGACAGGGUUACAAACAGGACAAUUCUGUCCAAAUAAAGGUACACCUAACCUGUUUACAUUUCCUGUAGCUUCUGUUUAUUAUAAAUGUUUGAUUUGGGAUGUCUGUUCUGUUAUGUAAUAAUUUGUAUGAAGCUAAAAAUGGUCAACGUAUUUCUGCAGAUGGAGUCAGCGUGUUAUUGUUAUGUUUCUGAAAUGUGUUUUUAGGUCUUUGCUGCUGAACAGGCGGUUAAGUAAGAGAGAAAGAGGUAUUAUGAGUUUACAUUCGCCCUUUGGUGCCAUUCUUUCAACAUGGUGACAAGUAACAAUGGUAACCACCCUCUAAUUGUUCAGUACCAGGAUAUUAAAUGGGUCUGUUGAAACCCUUGAAGAGUAGCUUUCUUUUGCCAAGUUGAAUGGAUGUACGUUGCUUUUUUUGGUCAACA